UCACGCACGGUAAUGGUAUGAUACUCGUCAAAACGUGGCCAUUUCGUGGACGGAAACAAAAGAGAUGUUACAACAGCAUUUUCGUAAGUCUAUUCCUUUUGCUAAGUUACUAAGAGAGGCGGCACUGUAUGGAAGCGUGCCAGGUCAAGUGCUGGGGGAUUAUUGCUUCCAGAAAUUGAACAAGUUACGUAAGUUAGAUGUUCAAAUACCCGAUAAAUAUCUUAUUGACGCGGUAAUAGGCGGGAUUACGGAUCCAAGUGUUGCGAGAACGGUGCGCGCUGUACAGCACGCAGAUGCGAACGCUUUGUAUGCAUUCAUGACGGCGUUGGAUAACGUGGUGUCAAAAGGCGCGAAAAGUAAAGUUACGACGGAUCAAAAACACGACCGAGGUGAGCGGGUUUGGAGUUCCUCGCGUCGGGAAAAAUCGUAGACCGCAAAGGAGGAAAACACGGCGUCGGCUAGUGAGGUUA